AUGAGAGCUAUAGAAUUAAAUCCUUCAACAUCAACACUAGCAAUAGCAACCACAACUGCAAUGGUUAAUGAAAAUAUGGUUGCCACGACACUCACAACAACUAACAAUGAAAUUUCAAGUAUUGCAUUUUUGAAUUACUUCAUGUACAAUAAGGAAAGAAACAAACUAGGUGAUGUAAAGAAUUGCUUGCUCGGGAUAGCUACACUUAUCGUGACAUCAACCUUUCAGGCUGUACGAAGUCCUCCAAGUGGUGCAUGGCAAGAUAACAAUUCUAGUGGUGGUGGUUCUGCUUCAAAAGCUCACAUUACUAGGCAGGCAAUCAUGCAGUCGCACAGUUCAUUUCUGUAUGGCUUUUUCCUAAUGUUUAAUACAAUGGAAUGGGAUUCUUUGUCGUGCUUUACAUAA